AUGAAAAGGCAGUUGUGCUUCUCCUGCACGGACUUCUACGGCCACGGAAAUAGCGUCCUUUCGCAGAACCUGAACAAAUUUACGGAGCGAUUAUACACAGAACAAAUUUAUGACGUUUUAAGGAAUAAACAUAUUUUAGAUGCAACCUUCAUUAUUGUCGCCUUUUCCAUGGGGUGUAUCAUAGCUACACACCUAUCUGCUGAGAAUAAAAUACACAUAAAGAAACUCUGCUUAAUCAGUGCAGCUGGGCUGGCCAAGCCGCGGCACCGAUUCUUAAUCUUCCUGCUAAAGCACAACAUACGCAUUUGCCUGAGACUGGCGAAGAAGUACAGCCAUUCGAUGAUCUCCGAGGACACGGUAAAGAAUGAAUAUUACAACUUCGAAAAUAACGUAGAAGAUGCGAUGAAGCGGUACUCAGUACUCCGAGAAAAUCAUGAAAAAUUCAUUGAGACAUUUCUAAAGGUACUGACGGGAAUAAAAAUCCAAGAUUCGAAGAAGCACUACGCUGCUUUGUUAAAAACUAACGUGGACAUCCUUUUCAUCUACGGAAAGGAAGAUAAACUGACUCCCUACUCUUACACCGUAAAAUUUUUGGAAAAAAAAAAGAAAUAUGUGCAGAAUGUGAAGAUGAUUAUUUUACCCGAAUGUUGUCACCUCGUUAUACAUGAGAAGUACGGCGAGUUGGUUCAGCACCUGCUCUACUUUUUGCAGUGA